AUGACACAAGCGAUAAACUUACCAACUUUAACGAUGACAGCUUUAAAUUCAGAAUAUAAAUUCAUGAUUAAUAACUCUGAUUCAGAUAAAGUAAUUGAUAAAACAAGAAGGUGGCUUAAAAUUAAAAAGAAGAAGAAUAAACCUAUUACUAUAGAAUGCUUUUACGAUUUUGCUAGAAAUGUUUAUCUUAGAGAAAAAGGAGCUAAAAGAGAUUAUGAAGCUAUUUGGCUACUAAAUCUGUAG